ACUAUAUGGGCCGUGUGGUGGUUUAUAGGUUUCCUGAUAGGUCUGAAUUAGGUUAAUUUGAGGAUUAUUUAGGAUUCCAUGAGCUGGGGAGGAGAAAUCAGAGUAAAUAAGUGUUCUUUCCACUGAUGUGAUUUAACUUUACAAGGUUCUGAUGAAAAAACAGUCUUUAUGGGUUGAUAAGGUGGGCAGAACUAGCAUCUUAUCUUUAUUUUUCAUGGGAAAAAGCUUUUAUUUUUUUUUAAUGUUUAGGGAAAUUAAGCUUCUAAUUUGGCAGAUAAUAAUAAAGGAUGAAGUUUGUGGAGUAGAUAGUGAUAUAGGAAAUGGAGUAAAAAAACAUGACUUGAGAAUUGUGUGAAACAAGUAACCUAUCCAGUCAAGGCAUUAUUGAUUGAUUGAGACAAAAGGAUUCCCUCAAAACAACUCAACUCCAACAAGCCUCUGUGGAAGAAGGUUUAUGUCUGUUUGGUGGUGUGAAUUGGGUGGUUUUGUUGUCAGGUUCAGUUUUGAUGGAUUAGUGUGGAGCAAAUUAAAAGAGUUAGUAAACAACAUUGGUCUUAUCAUCCAUCUUUACAAAAGACUGAUUUGAAGUCUCUUGUGGCUGAUACUAUAUCUGCUUGAAGGGGUUUUGAAUCCCUACUGAUGCUUUCAGAUCAAGAUUGUGCUACACAUUCCAAGUACGAAUCAAAUGCCAUCUCUAAGAAUGAAGACAAAGCUAGCCACAUCCAGUUCGAAAGAAAAAAAUGGUCUCCAUGUCUGUCCAAAUUCUAGUGUCAUAUCCAAGAGUUCUCUCUCUCGAACCAGAAGUGUGCAGAAUGCAGACGAAGUUGCAGAUCUGAUUCACAAUACUCAUGAUGUUCCUAGCUACUACAAAGUUCAUCCACACCAAGUCGGAAGAAAUGGUGAUCAUGCUAAUGAUUUGGUAGAUGACCUUCUUGAAAAGCAACAGCCACCUGUUACUGAUUCUGCAAACCUUGAUACCACGGUUUUGGAAUCGGUGCAGGAGUCUACAGUAGUGAUCUGCAAACCAAGUUCAGAGACAAUCUUUUCACCUAGUGUGGAGCCUGUUAGUGGUGCGCACAGUGAGUCUGAUAUACCAAGUGAUGGAGCAAACAAUGAUUUUUAUGUACCCCAAUUGGAGACUGAAGAUAGUGAUAGCAGCAGAAGUUCGUGUGAACAUCAGACGUGCAAUGUUUCAGAUUUCUACAUCUCUGAUAUGAUUGUUUCUUGUUUGGCUGUUGAGGGUGAAACCAUCUAUGAUAACAGUUUGACUGACAGGUUCUUGGCUGAUUACAAGUGUGAAGAACCAAAUAUUUUUAAUAAUGUUGAUGAGGAAUACUUGCUGUUGCCUUUCCUUGAAGACACUGCAGCAGCUAGCUAUAGUCAAGUGUGCAGAACGUCUAGUGAAGAAACUGCUGUUCAGUCUGAUGAUUCGAGCUUAUACAUGGCAAUUCACCAGCUUAGAUCAUCUGAACAAUCUGAUGCUUUCACAUAUUUAGAAUCUGAUCAAGCAGAAUGCUUUGACCCACAUAUAUUCAUAAGAAAUUUGCCAGACAUAUUAGAGAGGCCAAGUAUUUUGCCAAACGAAUCAGAAACAUGCAAACCGAUCACCCUAGUACUUGACCUAGAUGAAACACUUGUUCAUUCUACACUGGAGCACUGUGACGAUGCAGACUUCACAUUUCCUGUUUUCUUCAGCAUGAAAGAACACAUUGUCUAUGUGAAACAGCGGCCUCACCUCCAGACAUUCUUGGAGAGAGUUGCAGAGAUGUUUGACAUUGUAAUUUUUACUGCUAGUCAGAGCAUAUAUGCGAAGCAAUUGUUGGAUAUUCUGGAUCCAGAUGGAAAGAUUAUCUCAAGGCGAGCAUAUCGUGAAUCAUGCAUCUUCUCUGAUGGAAGUUAUACAAAGGAUUUAACGGUAUUAGGUGUUGAUCUGGCAAAAGUUGUCAUUGUAGAUAAUUCCCCACAGGUUUUCAGAUUGCAAGUGAAUAAUGGGAUUCCUAUUAAGAGUUGGUUUGAUGAUCCUUCAGACUCUGCACUAAUUUCUUUACUUCCAUUCCUAGAGACACUGGCUGAUGCUGAUGAUGUCCGACCUAUUAUUGCUAAGAAAUUCGGUAACAAGGAAUAAGAGGCCCUUGUUUCUUCCUAGUAGUUCCUCUAACACCUCCUCUCUUCUCAUUUAAACAAAUUUAUCCUUCAUUUACAUGCUCAUUGUUCUAUCCUCAUUGAGCCUUGAUAUAAUUGGGGUGUGCAAUAAAAAUACUAGUCCUUUUCUGGUUGAGUCAGUUUUUUUGUGCGCAGUCCUUUUCUUGUUUCCACCCUGUUGACAACUUUCUUCAGUCCAUUGCUUACUAAUUUGUUUCAAAUAUAGUUGCAAGAAGUUCUCCUUGUGUGCACUGUACAGUUAUAUUUGCCUAGUUAUUUACAAGCUUGUGUAUAUGGAUUGAUCUAUUGUGAAAUAAAUCGUGAUUUCGUGUUUCGUUAUCGUA